CCUAAGUGUGAAGCCGUGGUGAAGAGUGCUGGAGUGCGGAGGAAUGCAAGCCAAAAUGCAGACUCGUGUCAGAUGUAAUGGGAGGAUUUUCCUGGCUGUUUGUAUAAUCCUCUUUAUGGGAUACACAGCACAAGGUGUUCCAGUUCAGAAAGCAAGAUUCCAGAGAGUUAGAUGCAGACCUGACAUCUUGUCUGCUAACUGCAUUGAAGAAAAAGGACCGUUGUUUGAAAUGUCUGAAAGUGGAGCUAACAGAAUCCUCCCUCCCAAGGCUGAUCCAUUUCUGAUGAAGAAAUUUCAGGAGCAACCUGGUAUUUUCUCACUUUAUGAUGAGGAAUCUGGAUCUGGGGCUGACAACAUACCUGAAAUAGAAUCAGAAUCUGAAUCUGGGUCAGGAAUUGAUUACAAUGUUGAGUAUCCUAACUUGUCAUCUUCUGGCUUGGUGCAAAAAGAGGAGUUGAAGCAGGAAUUAACAAAUGAAGAUUUAAUGCUGUAAGAAAGAAGACUUUAUCUCUUUCAUGAUGAUUAUUCACAGCACUUCUUCUAUGUUGUAUAAUUAAGUGAUUAGUCAUAGGACAAACAGUUUUAUAAAAAUUAUAAUCCAAAAAAGUGCCUUAUAAUCUUUAUUACUUUUCUUUGCUAAAAAAAUCUUUGUUAAAUGUGACUUUACCUAAAUUUAUAUGUGUAUUUUAUAUCUAAGCUUGGGAUAUUUCUGAAAUCAUGGGAAGAUGGAAUCUAAAAGAUCCAUGAUAGUCUUGCUGAAGACAAAUAUUAGUAUAGAGAAGAAAAUGACUGGAAAAUAUUAGGUAUGUGUAUUCAAGCAGCAAUCCAGGAGUCACAAACAUACAAAGUAAUGUAACUAAAAGUAAACGUCCCCAAACUUUUUCUUUGUUCCCCCUAGAUAAAUUUCCGUAUAAAGUACCAAUAAGCUUAUUUGUGAAAUUAAUUGUUUGCUAUUAUAAAAUGUAUUCCAUAUUACACAAUAACUAAUAUAAUGUUACUUUAAUAAUUGGACUUUUUAUAACACCCAGUGGGCCUCAAUACAAUAUUAAUAUAAUUUUGGCUGUACCUGUUAGUAUAAAUGAUGGUCACAUAGGUCCAAGAAUCAUGGCCCCUUCUACAUUCCUUCUGUGUGACUAUUAUUAAAAGUGGUUAAAGAACAACUGCACUUGUUAUAUUUUAAAUUUCUGGCUGAAUAUUUUUCCUUAUAUUUGCAUCUACUCAGUUGUAAUACUAUUAAAAUUUUAAUGUAACCAAA